AAUAGUAGUAAUCUGUGCAAGCCACUUAGGUUGCUAAAUGUGUUGAACCGAACGAACGAAUUAUCUCUUUUUACACUUUUAAUAAAGUUAUCUUGCUUUCCGAUAAAAUAAUAACGAAACCAAAAAAGUGAACCAAAUAAUUAUUGAAUUGUUUCGAGUUUGUUUGCAAGUUGAUCAUAAAUUCGGUUAACCGGUAACCUAACCUAACCUACUGAAUAAAUUACUUGGUAACUAUCUUUUCAGUGAAUUAAAUUUGAAAACAUGGAUGAUAAUAUUUCUCUACCAUUGAUAUUAAAGUAUUGUUUUAAAGAUAUAAAAAAGGAUGCUGGAAGUGAGAAUAAUAAUAUAUCGGCUGUUUGCAAGAAAUGCUCUAAAACAUUAAAAGGAAGUCUAAUUUCAACUACAAAUUUUUUAAAUCAUAUAAAAAGAAAAGGUCAUGGUGAUCUAUUGACAGAGUAUGAAAAUUUAAAAUCCCAAACCAAAACCUCCAAAAAGAAAAAAUGUGGCACACACACUGAUGAAAAUAGUGCAAGUACUUCGAAAAAACUGAUACAAAGCACUCUUCCAACUACUUUGCCAGUGUCAAUUAAUUUAGACAAGUUGGUUAUAGAUUUUAUAAUUGAUACAAUGUCACCAAUAUCUAUUGUCGAAAAUAAAUCAUUUAGGACUCUAAUUGAAGGUGCUCAAAAACUACAAAACCCACCAAAAUUUAUGUGCCGUCGCACAUGUAACAAGAGAAUUGCUGAUAUGUGCGCAGAAUAUAAGGAAAAUCUAAAAAUAAAAUUAAAACCCGUUGAUUAUGUGUGUAUGACAGCAGAUGUUUGGUCAUCAUCAAGGAGAAGUUACCUAGGUAUGACUGUUCAUUGGAUUGAUCCUCACACAUUUGAGAGAAAUAGUUUUACUCUUGCUUGUAGAAGAUUUAAAGGAACUCAUACCUUUGACAAAGUGGCCGAACUGAUCAUUGACAUACACACAGAGUAUCAUUUGAGGGUACCAAAAAUAACAAAAACUGUAACUGAUAAUGGCUCAAAUAUGUUAAAAGCAUUUAAAAUUUAUGGAAAAUCUGAAUUGGGAAUGGACGCUACUGAUGGAAUUUUUUUUUCAUCAUCUGACAUAGAAAACAUUUCAGUAAAUAAAAAUGAUGACGACCAUAAUAAUAAUAAUGAACAUGACGACGAUGAUGAUGAGACAUUUCUCUUAAAAGAAUUUCCUGAAUCUCAAAAACCUGAAGAAACAUAUCAACUGCCUAACCAUGAAAGAUGUACCACCCACACAUUGCAUUUAAUUACCUCUCGUGAUAUUAUUCAGGCAAGAUCUCAAAAUAUUUCAUAUAAAAAGCUGCAUGAUGCAGCUAUGGCUAAAUGCCAAGCAAUUUGGAAUUUGUGUUCAAGGUCCCCCAAAGCGUCUGAAAUAUAUUGUGAAACUACCGGGAAAUCUCCGACAAGUCCAUGUCCAACAAGAUGGAAUUCAUAUUAUAACUGUAUUAUGGAUCUUUUAAAAGUUCAGGAAACUUUAAAUGAAACCUUAAAAAAACUAGGAUUGUCGGUUUUUAAAGAAAUUUAAUUGCAGUUUCUAAUUGAAUAUACCAACUGUGCAAAACCCAUAGCAGAAGCUAUCAAAAGCUUAGAGGGAGAUAAAGAAACAUUUUAUGGAUGCCUGCUACCUGAGUUAAUAAGAAUACAAAAAAUCUUGCAUUCAUUACAAAUGGACAAUCCCAUAUACUGUGGAGUACUGAUAGAGACAAUAAAAAAAAGCUUAGAAAAGAGGUUUGGAAAAUUUCAUGAUUUGAAGGAUCCUAAAGCUAAAGAUGCAAUUUUGGCAUCGGUGUCAUAUCCUUUUUUUUUAAAUUAAAAUGGGUGCCAAAAGGAAAUAGAGAACAUAUAAAGGAAUUGUUCCUUGCAGAAGUGAGAAAACUUAAAAAUGAUCAUAAAGAUCUAAAUAAUACAUCCCAAUCAUCACACAAAAAAGAAAAAAAUGAAUCCUACUACAUGUUCUAUGAUGAUUCGGAUUCCUCACUAGCUAGUGAUAGUGCAAAUGCAAACACCACUAUUGACCUGGAAUCAUUGCAAUAUUUGAAGGAUAAUGAUGUCAGCCUGCAAUCAUUAAAUAAAUAUCCUACAGUAAAGAUGUUAUUCUUGAAAUAUAAUACCUGCUUGCCUAGUUCUGCGCCAGUAGAGAGGCUUUUUUCUUAUGGUGGCAUGAUUAUGAGACCACACAGGAGAAAGAUGAGCGACAGUGUAUUUGAGCAAAUUAUUUUAUUAAAAUCUGUUAAAUAAAUUUAAUUUAAGUAAGUUAUCAAAGUAAAUUUACCAGCCUGUUAGCUGGCUAAAAUAAAUAAACUUUUCAACAAAAUAAAGAUAAUUUAAAACUAAAA